AUGGUUCGAGUUUGCAAUGCGAGCAGCAGAGAGACCAUCACCCUCCCCCAAUCCAAGUACAAUCGUUUCCAAAACUCAUCUUUCCAUCUGGGUUUUGACCCUUGCGCCAACACCCACAAAAUCUUCAAAACAAGGAUUCAAAUCUAUGCCGAAGUGAAGCCAAACAGGAAUUGCCAGAUCCUGACCUUGGGCUCCCAACAAUGGAGGGACGUCAUCUAUGAUCAUUCCACUUAUCGGUUCUCCGAAAAAGGGUAUUGCAUGGGUGGAAGCUUGUACUGGCGUAGGGGGAAGAAGAUCAAUCUGGUGGCUUUCGGUGUGGGAAGCGAGAGCGCGCAGGAGAAAUUCGGUGAGCGUCUGGCCUGGAUGGAUUUCAACGGCCUGCUGGAGGGAAAGGGUGACAGCUUGAGCAUAUGGGUAUUGGAAGACGAUGAAAAUGGGGUUUGGAGCAGGGAGAUGAGGAUUGUGUUUCCCUCUGAGUGGAAUACUUUCAAACAGAUGGUGUCCCAGUUUCAUUCCAUGGAUUUGAAGGCAACCCAUGACGGGGAGUUGGCGCUGAUUCCAGACCUGCCCUCGGAUUUUGAGUUCUAUGUGUUGGACUAUGAUUUUGAGAGAAAGAGUUUGAAGGUGAGAUCAUUUUCAUCUUCUGGGUUGAUGAAGUGUUUUGCCUCUACCAAAUCUCUUGCGUCAUUCAGGACUUCAAAUUUACAGACUUUAGAUUAUUAUAGUUAA